GUGACGUUUCGGCCUUUCACCCCGGCUCUUGUGUCGUCUUGUCAUCCCUCCCCUUCUGUCUUUCCUCUUUCCGAAAUUUACCAUGGCGGACGGGGUACUUUACACUUAUCCGGAAAAUUUCCGAGCCUACAAGGCGUUGAUCGCCGCACAAUACUCGGGAGCGAAAGUCAAAGUAGCCCCUAAUUUUGUGUUCGGCGAAACUAACAAAUCAGAAGAGUUUCUGAAGAAGUUCCCCGCCGGUAAAGUGCCAGCGUUUGAAAGUGCCGACGGAAAGGUCCUGCUGACCGAGAGCAAUGCCAUCGCUUAUUUCGUUGCAAAUGCAGCCCUCCGUGGAAAUGAUCUGCAAACACAGGCACAGGUUUGGCAGUGGGCGUCAUGGGCAGACAGCGAGCUCCUGCCGGCUUCCUGCGCUUGGGUGUUCCCAUAUCUUGGCAUCAUGCAGUUCAACAAACAGAAUGUAGAACGUGCGAAGUCAGAUCUGCUGGCGGCGCUGCAAGUUCUCGACUCGUACCUCCUAACGCGCACGUACCUGGUGACCGAACGAGUCACACUCGCUGAUAUUGUUGUCUUCACCACGCUGCUACAUGCAUUCCAGCAUGUCCUGGAGCCAUCGCUGCGUAGUUCUCUGCCGAACGUGUCGCGCUGGUUCCUCACGCUGCAGAACCAGCCCUCCGUCCUCGCGGUACUGCCUGCAGCGCCGCUCUGCGCAGCCGCACCUGUCCUACCCAAAUUCCAGCCGCAAGACAACAAGAAGGAUACCAAGAAGGACAAAAAGAGUGAAAAGAAAGAACAGCAACCCAAAAAGAAGGAGGAACCCAAACCCGAUCUAGACGAGGAGUUUGAAGAAAAACCUAAAGAGUCCAAGGACCCAUUUGACACAAUGCCUAAAGGAACAUUCAACAUGGAUGACUUCAAACGCUGUUACUCAAAUGAGGAUGAGGCUAAAUCAAUUCCUUACUUCUGGGAAAAGUUUGACCCACAGAAUUACUCCAUCUGGUAUGCUGAGUACAAGUACCCUGAGGAGCUCGCUAAAGUGUUCAUGAGCUGUAAUCUGAUUACAGGCAUGUUCCAGCGGCUAGAUAAGAUGCGCAAGCAGGCGUUCUCGUCGGUGUGCCUGUUCGGAACUGACGGCGACUCCACCAUCUCGGGCGUGUGGGUGUGGCGCGGACACGAACUCGCGUUCCCGCUCUCGCCCGACUGGCAGAUCGAUUACGAAUCGUAUGACUGGAAGAAGCUGGACCCAGCCAACGAGGAGACGAAGAAACUGGUACAGCAAUACUUCUCGUGGACUGGUACCGACAAACAAGGCCGCAAAUUCAACCAAGGCAAGAUCUUCAAAUGAAGAACAGAGCGGCCUCUAGUUCCGCACCUGGUACCGUUGCGCUCGUUGCACUUGUGUAACAGUAUCGUGUGCCACUCAUUUAAUGGUGACGACUUAACUCUAAGAGCGAACAGUGUCUUAUAAAACACAUGUAUUUGCAUUUAUUUUCGACGUCCCUCGAUACAGAUCAAUAUUAAUUACAUUUUUACCUGGAAGCCAGCUUUGUAAUAAAAUUGUUUUUAUUUAUAAAU